CCCGCUCCCCCGCCAGCUCGCCGCUGCUGCUGCAUGGGACACGCGCUGUUUUCUCCCUGCAGCCGGGGGGAGGCGGAGGAAGAUGCCGGGAAAGCUGAAGGUCAAAAUCGUGGCAGGGCGCCAUUUGCCAGUGAUGGACCGCGCCAGUGACCUGACCGACGCCUUUGUAGAGGUAAAAUUUGGAAAUACAACAUUUAAGACAGAUGUGUAUCCCAAAUCACUUAAUCCUCAGUGGAAUUCUGAGUGGUUCAAAUUUGAAGUAGAUGAUGAAGAGCUACAAGAUGAGCCUCUCCAGAUCACAGUUCUCGAUCACGAUACCUACAGUGCUAAUGAUGCCAUUGGCAAAGUGUACAUAGAUAUUGAUCCUUUGCUCUACAGUGAAGCAGCUACAGUUAUUUCAGGAUGGUUUCCCAUUUAUGAUACCAUUCAUGGUAUACGUGGGGAGAUCAAUGUGGUGGUGAAAGUGGAUCUCUUCAAUGAUUUAAACAGAUUUAGGCAGUCGUCCUGUGGAGUCAAAUUUUUUUGCACUACAUCUAUUCCUAAGUGUUACAGAGCAGUGAUAAUUCAUGGAUUUGUGGAAGAACUUGUAGUUAAUGAAGACCCAGAAUACCAGUGGAUAGACCGAAUUCGUACACCAAGGGCAUCAAAUGAGGCUAGACAAAGGCUUAUUUCACUCAUGUCAGGUGAAUUGCAAAGGAAGAUUGGCUUGAAGGUGCUUGAAAUGAGAGGAAACGCUGUUGUUGGUUAUUUGCAGUGUUUUGAUUUGGAGGGAGAGUCUGGACUAGUAGUGCGAGCCAUAGGAACAGCCUGCACGUUGGAUAAAUUAAGUAGCACAUCAGCAUUCUUACCUGCAUGUAACUCCCCAUCCAAAGAAAUGAAGGAGAUUCCCUUCAAUGAAGAUCCCAAUCCCAAUACUCAUUCAUCAGGACCCUCCACCCCUCUGAAAAACCAAACCUAUUCCUUUUCACCUUCCAAGUCCUACAGUCGACAGUCCUCUUCUUCUGACACAGAUUUGAGUUUGACACCCAAAACUGCACCUUCCCCACAGGGACGUAGGACUUUCCUGUUUCCCAGCUCCCCUACACUCUCUUGUGUCUCCCCACAUCCUAAAAAGUCCUGUCUCCUCUUCUCGGUGUCUAGCCUUAACCCUCUACACUCUAGCCAUGUCAGCCCAGUUGUUCUGAGGAAAAGUGUUUCUUUCACUGAAGAGCUGCUUCUGGCUGCCUCUGGAAUGGGCAGUGGGAGCGCUGGAAAAGAAGGGGGGCCAUUUAAAACUCUCUUAAGACAGCAGACUCAGUCAGCUCUGGAACAAAGGGAAUUUCCAUUUUUUACCUUGACGACCUUUCCACCAGGCUUUCUUGUCCACGUUGGUGGCGUUGUCAGCGCGCGGUCUGUGAAGCUCCUGGAUCGCAUUCACAAUCCUGCCUUUGUCGGAAUUAUGGGUAACACAAGAUCAUACAAACUGCUAGACUGGAAUAGUUUCAAUUCAGAUGAACCAGAGACACGAGAUGCAUGGUGGGCAGAAAUCAGACAGGAAAUAAAAUCCCAUGCCAAGGCAUUGGGUUGUCAUGCUGUGGUGGGCUACAGUGAAUCAACUAGCAUUUGUGAAGAGGUCUGUAUUUUGUCCGCGUCUGGCACAGCAGCUGUACUGAACCCUAGGUUCCUUCAGGAUGGCAUCGUGGAAGGCUGUUUGGAACAAAGGUUGUCAUGGCAGCCUGGCUUCUUUUCCAUAGGGUCAGAGAAGGGAGAGGUUGAUUUUUUUCCUCAGAGCCAAGAUAGUUCUUCUCUAUUAGGGAUUGAAGAGGCUUCACCACCAGGUUGUGGAUUUUGCCAUAUACCAUAUGAUGAAUUGAAUAUGCCAUUCCCUGCACACCUCACUUACUGUUACAACUGCAGGAAGCAAAAAGUUCCUGAUGUCCUUUUCACCACAAUUGAUCUUCCUGUAGAGGCAAUAGUUAUUGGGAAAGGAUGUCUUAUUCAAGCCAGGUUGUGCCGUCUAAAGAAGAAAGCUCAAGCUGAAGCCAACGCCACAUCUAUCAGUAAUCUCCUGCCAUUUAUGGAAUAUGAAGUGCACACCCAACUGAUGAACAAACUUAAGCUGAGAGGAAUGAAUGCUCUGUUUGGGCUGAGAAUUCAGAUCACUGUGGGUGAAAAUAUGCUAAUGGGGUUGGCAUCUGCAACAGGGGUGUAUCUAGCAGCUCUGCCAACACCUGGUGGCAUUCAGAUUGCUGGGAAGACUCCCAACGAUGGCACCUAUGAACAGCACAUCUCUCACAUGCAAAAGAAAAUAAACGACACGAUAGCAAAAAACAAGGAACUUUAUGAGAUUAACCCUCCAGAGCUACCUGAAGAAAUCAUUGGGUCUCCUAUUCCAGAGCCAAGACAGCGUUCCAGAUUAUUAAGAUCUCAAUCAGAAAGCUCUGAUGAAGUCACGGAACUAGACCUUUCACAUGGGAAAAAGGAUGCUUUUGUCUUGGAGAUUGAUGAUACAGAUGCAAUGGAAGAUGUACAUUCUUUACUGACAGAUGUGCCACCACCUGCUGGUUUUUACAGCUGCAACACAGAAAUUAUGCCUGGGAUAAAUAACUGGACACCAGAAAUUCAAAUGUUCACAGCAGUAAGGGUAUCCAGAUUAAGCAACGUUAACCUAACAAAUCAAACACUUAAUAAGAACUUUAAUGAUCUCUGUGAGAAUCUAUUGAAGAGCUUGUAUUUUAAGCUGCGAUCUAUGGUCCCCUGCUGCCUUUGUCAUGUGAAUUUUACAGUUGCUCUACCAGAGGAUGAGAUAGUUCAGAUUGCCGUCACAGCUGUUGCAAUUACGUACGACAAAAACCAGGCAUUACAAACCAACAAAGCUCCCCCAGAAAAAUCACAGCAAAGAGCAUCAACAGACAAUGAAGAACAGCUACAGUUUCCAUUGGAACUUUACUCUGAUCCCCUUGCUUCUCAACCCUUCUCACCAGCUAAAGAAGUCCUGGAGGGUGCAAGUUCCCACACAGGUAUUCCUGCUGCUCAGAGAGCAACGUCAAUUGAUUACAGUUCCUUUGCAGACAGAUGCAACAGCUGGAUAGAGCUCAUUAAACUGAAAGCUCAGACCAUAAGGCGCGGAUCAAUUAAGACAACGGCGUCACUCGACAAAGCGAGUCCGUUGGCUGAGGGGUACUUACGGCACCGUUCUUUUCCGUCCUGCACCAACUCCACUGUCUCAGUUGUUAAGAUGACACCUCUUUCUUUUCUGCCUGGGGCAAAAAUAACCAAAUACCUUGGGAUAAUCAACAUGUUUUUCAUAAGAGAAACCACUUCUUUGCGUGAGGAGGGUGGUGUCAGUGGUUUUCUCCAUGCUUUUAUUGCUGAAGUGUUUGCCAUGGUGAGAGCUCAUGUUGCAGCUUUAGGGGGAAAUGCAGUUGUCUCGUACAUAAUGAAGCAGUGUGUUUUCAUGGAGAAUCCAAACAAAAAUCAGGCUCAGUGCUUGAUCAACGUCAGCGGCGAUGCAGUCAUCUUCGUACGUGAAUCCGAGUUAGAAAUGUUCCCAGUGCAGCCUUCGACGGCUGUUUCUCAGUCCACAAGCUCUGGAGGAGAUGUCACAACAUGAAGAGACAAAAAGCUAAAUGGUCUCUGCCAAAUACAAAGAUUAUUUAAAAUGUGGGAAUGUUUAGGUUUGCAUCUUCAAAAUCAGUAUCUGCCCCUAGCAUCAACAGCCAAAGUUGACAACAAUCACUCUGCCUCGUCCUUUAUGUCACGAGUCAGGGGUGGUCUGAUCCUUCUGUUAUAAUUGCAGGCCCCUGUAAAACCCAGGCAGUAAGUAAAGCACUGGUGUGAGUGUGUGGAUUGCAAUAGGUGGCAUCAUAUGGAACUGUGAAGGAAGACACCAGCCAGUUCUGUUACGUUUUUCAGCUGUUUGACAAGACCAUGAUAAGCUGAAAUUUAGAACCAGUUUUUAGUUUGCAUGUUUAAUUCUCAGCUCAGUUCAAAAAGUAAAUGAAGAGUUGGGGUGGGCUGCAGAUAAGUGAGAAGCCUGCAUUACCCAGCCUUUGCUGAAGGACCAAAAGAUUUGUGUUCAGGCUAAGGAAAAAAAGGUGGGCUCAAGUCUGGGCUUACCUUUGAUCACAGUGAGCAGCACCGAAAAGCC